CGGGACCGCCCGGGUUCCGGCCGUUCCCCCUCUUUUAUAGUUCUUCUUAGACACUGGAGUAUCCUAUAUAAUCUCUGAGGGGUGCGCUCCCAGCCCUCUAAGCGCAUACACUGAAAGUUGUGUAUAAUAGCAGCAUUUCUCCAAAAGUCACAAUGCGAUUCUGGAACGUUUUUGUCCCAAUCACUCUAGUUCUUGUUGUCGCAGCUGAUAUCCACUAUGGCGAAUUCACUUGCCACGACAGAGGCCACAACUGGAUGUCAGGAUCUUGGGGGAUCGUCCCCGCAGGCAAUGACACUUGCGCCGCUGCAGAGAUAAUCUUCUCUCACGAAUUGGAAGGCCUGAGAUGCAACAUCUACGGUCGCGACAUCGCAAUCACCGCGUCGCUUUGCGGUAAAAACGUUACCAUAUUGUUGAAUGACCCCCUAAGAGCGAUUUCUUCCUGGACGAGGAUGGAAGAAGUGGAGAGUGUGUACCACUUUCCGGCGGUGUUCAGUCGUCGGAGUGCUAUAAUGAAGGGGAUCCACAGGGCAGUUGCCACUUCGAGGACCGGGGCUACUGCCCGUUGCCCAUGUGCCAGCCAGCAGGAUCUGGCGAAGCACAGCGACCAAUGCGCAAAUCAUCGGCAUCUAGACGCUAGCUGCCUCGUCGCAAGACCUGUUGAUGUUCAGAAAAUAGUACUGUCGUAAGAUACGCUCGGAAUGAUGAUCGCCAUUUCAUCAAACUUUAUAAUUCAGAGAUCGCCUUUCAGAGCACUCGUGCGCCGGAAAUGGGGACAUUCCAGUGAGAACUUCGCUGGUGUUGGAUGAGCCAGCGAUGACGAGGACGUACGACCCCACCUGAUCGGCCUCUCUUAGGCCAUAGCCGGAGUCACUGU